AUUUCAACACCCGAGCUCACUGUCUUACAUCUAUCAAGUCAAUUCAUCCUCGAAACUUAUCGAAAUCAACACUCACAACUCCCGACACCUCUUCAUCACAUCGUCUCCGAUCUUCAAAAUGUCAGGCGCUCAGGUUUUCGUCGCUUACCCCCGCGAAGAGGGCUCCACCUUCAACAAAGAAUACUACCUCAACACACACAUACCGCUCGUCCAGAAGUACUGGGGAAAGCAUGGCAUGAAGUCUUAUGCCGUCACAGAGCUGAAUGCUGACGGACCAUAUACAUUUAUCGCAACCAUCGAUUUCGAGACCCAUGAAGGCUUCGGAGCCGCGAUUCAGGAUCCCAACACCAAGGAGGUGAUGGAUGACGUAGCCAAGUUCAGCAAUGUUAAGCCUGUGCUGGUACACGGUGGAGUUAUUGGAAGGGGUUAAGCUGGAUCAGGAUGAAGAUGAUGCGGUCGGUACAGACAGUGGAGAGUUGGAGUGAAGACGAGAUGAGGGGUCGCUUGCAUGCGAAGCUUUGGAUUCCGACUGCCCCGCACUUGCUCAUCCUCCCGAGGCAACUCUACAACAUAUCCGGUCGUUCUGUAGACAAAAUGCAUGAUCAUGACUAUUUACAUUCGACUCAUUAUGUUAAUACGAGUCACGACGUACUCCUCUUUCUGCACACCACAAUUGAUCCAAGAUCCGGACCAUCCGUUUCUAGCUCUUUUAGCCACGCAUCAUCAUGAUGCCGUUCUUGGCCAAAGACCAUAUUAAUAUUCCGAAUGAUGAUCUCUUAUCAUGGAUGUUUGAUCAGCAGACCUAUGAUGAAAAUUCGCCGAUCUAUAUCGACGCUGCCGAACCUUGCCGAACUAUCUCUUCACGCCAAG